AUGUUUGAAAUAUCAAAUUGUAUUUCAUUGAAAAGAGAACAUCUAAGAGUUUCAAUUAGAAGAUAAAAAAAUGAAGAGAUUUUUUCUAAAAGUAGGAAGAUUAUUUAAACUGAUAAUACAGCAUUAAUGAAUUAUUUAAUUUCAAGAAAUGAAGAUGAUGUUAUCUUCAAUCUUAAAGAAUUUAUUGAAAAUAGAAGUUAAAAUAUUUAUGAAUCACAAUAAAUUUUGAAGUGGUUGUUAGAAUAUGAAAAAUUGAAUUAAUCAACUUAAGCACAACAACUAACAUUAUUUUUUUUGCAUUAAGUUUCACUCAAUAUAGAAGUAAAUUUUUACUUAAAAAUCAGGUAAAAUAUAUUAAAUUAGCAGCUUCACUAUUGAAGUAAAUAUGCUUUUAAGAUGAGGAUGCUCUAAAUUUAACUACUAAACUUAGUCACAAAUCAACAAUGCGUUCAUAAAUUUUGUACAAUUUAUUUUAACAGUAGUAUUAAUGAAUUAUCAAAUGAAGAUUUUAUUAUUGAUCUUAUGGGUAGCCAACUCAAUACUCUAGAACUAAUUUGUAACAUUAUGGCUGAUGAAUAAUUCAUUUAUCUAAUGUUUAAUAAACACCCUUAUUUUUUGGACUAUUUUAUAGCAAAAUUACAUGAUUUAAGAUCUUGUUAAUUGGCUAUAGACUUAUUUUAUGAUAUGGCUAAUUCAGAAAAACUUUGUCCAAUAAUCUCAAAUAAACAUGUGAUUCAUGAUUUAAUAUUAUUAAUCCCUUCACAAAGAAUACUAGAAAUUUUAAUAUUAAUCCAUUAACAUUCAUAUAAUGCUGAAUUAUUAGAAGAGAUUAAUCUUAUUAAAUAUUAUAUUGAACUUCUGGAUUCAAAAAUGUUUUUAGAAGAAGUUUUAUUUUUAAUAAACUUUAUGUUAGACUCAAAAUUAAAUCAAUUUCUUUUGAAUUAAUUAUUACUUCGAAAGAAACACCUUUAAGAUUUGUGUUACUGUUAGAAUCAUUAAGUUAAUUAAUUAGCAGCAAAUAUUGUGGAUAAAUACUUAUGA